GUGAGUCCGAGUGCGACUGCUACGUGGGUCGGUCGGUCGUCUUGGGCGCCCGGAGCGCAGAGAGUUGCCGCCGCACAGCUCUACCCAGUCCACUGCGGCCCAGUCCAGCCAACAACACCGCCCGGAUACCCCGUCCACCCGCGCACGCUCUGGCCGCGUUCCAUGGCCUGCUGGCCGCGCCCGCCGGCGCCCCGAAGACGUGUCAACGCCGCCUCGCCAGGUGCAGCGCUGCGGCUCUUCCCCCGGCCCUGCUGAGGAGAAGCGGCCCCGGGGUGGCCCCGUGCAUGGCGCACUCCGCGCGGGGGUCGCCGAGCAGCAGGCGGCAGAGCCGAGGACGACCCCAGACGGGCUCGCUGGUGGCCUGCUGCGCCUUCCUGCCGCUGCUGCUGCUGGGCCAGGUGGCGGCCGAGACCCGCCCGGAGGCCGCGCUCGCCCGCUCGACGGGAGCCUUGUCGUUGGCACCGCCCGCGUCGCUGGCGCUCGCCGGCCUCCCCGCCGCGGACGCACGCAAGAGGGGCGACUACGAUGACUACGAGUACGGCGGCGAGGAUGACGACGGCGACGACGACUACGACUACUACGGCACCAAGCAGAAGAAAAAGAAGAAGAAGCCCGCGGCCGCCGCGGCGCAGCCCAUCGUCCUCAACGAGACCAGCAUGUUCAAGUUCUUUAGCGCGCUGGUGAUGCGCUUCGUGUGGGGCAUCGCAUCGGGUCAAGUCCACCUCCUCGACGCGCUGCAGCCCGGUCGAAUUAUGGCCAAAAACACGAAACAAGUCACAUAA